AUGAACAAGUUUCUGGUACGAGGUCUUGGCUUCUACAACGACGCGUACGACCUAUUUGUCAUGAACGUGGUCAACGUCGUGCUCACGGAGCAGUACGGCUCUGAAAUCUACUCGUCCACAAUGAAGUCCUGGGUCUCGGCUGGUGCUAUCAUCGGUGCUGUGAUCGGUCAACUCGGCUUUGGCUUCCUGGGCGACGUCUUUGGUCGUAAGGUCAACAUGAUCUUCACGUGCUGCUUGUUGAUACUCGGCGGCAUUCUCUGUACCGCAGCGUACGCGGGCGACGCCCGGGCCACGCUCUGGUUCCUCGUGGCUGCACGUCUCAUUUUGGGAGUCGGUAUCGGCGGUGAAUAUCCGCUAGCAGCCAGUUCAACAGCCGAGGACUCGACGGACUCAGCAGAUCGCAAUACCGCGGUGGCCAAGACCUUCUCCCUACAAGGUGUGGGCCAAGUGACGGCUGCUAUCCUGGGCAACCUGCUCGUACAGGCGUUUGCUGAUGGUAAGCCCGGUGAAAAUAGUACUUCCCGUCUGGAAGCCGUUUGGCGCAUACUAUUCGCGAUUGGAGUCGUACCCGCCCUUGUGGUCUGCUACUUCCGCUUCACGGCCGAGGAGUCUGCAGCAUAUCAGAACGCGCAGCAACGUGGCCAGCUGACACAGGCCACAACACAGCAACCGGCUCGUCUCAGUUUCAUUCUUCGACAUUACGGUGUGAGCCUACUAGGCACAGCUGGCACGUGGUUUUUGUUCGACAUCGUCCACUACUCGCAGAACCUUUUCUCCGCCAGUAUCUUGAAGGUCGUGGGUCUCAGCAAUCCGUCACUUCAACAAGUGACCACAGAGGUCGCGUUCGUGUCGCUGAUGGCGUUACCCGGUUACUUUGUGGCUGUCUGCAAGGUUUCUUCUUCAUGA